UUCUUAUAUCCUACUAGUCCUCUCAAAUAUUUAGAGGAACGAAAGUCUUAUUUAUAAUUUUUUUCUUUACAUUAUUUUUUUCGAGAAUAUUUUCUUUACAUGAUUUAACAUGUUGCAGAGGUAUAGAGGAGAGGGAUCAUGGACUUCGAGAACGCUCAGGACCGCUACUACUUCCAAGAAAAUGCUCCGACACACGGGGAUGGAUCAAAUGGAAGGGGAAACACAGCCGACGCCAUGUCUCGGGUGGAGCUCGAAAUUAAAUAUGGCUCUGAGAAGCUGCUCAACUUACAGAUGCUACUGAUGGAGGUAGCUCAUCGGGCAUACGAUAUCGAGGCUCUCAUGCUGGACCCCGACUCGCUUUCGGCCGAGUCGCUCAAGAAGGCCUUCGAAUUCGACACCCUGUAUGGGAUUGUAGAUUCGGAAGUUAGCGAGUUGGAGAAGUUAGUCGGUUCUAUUCAAAUCGAUAUUGGUGAUGUCGAAAAGGAGGUGGUGGUGAACGGGGAAGAAUCGGAGGGCAGGCUGAAGGGUAGGCUGCACGCUGCCAAGGAGUCCUUGAGGGAGAUGCAGGAGCUGAUCGGUACAAUUAGAAGAGAGUCUGCAAAUUUCGAUAAAGCCAUAGACCCUUCCCACCAUAAAGCUGGUAAUAGUGAAGGUGGUGCAUAUGAAAACGGACAUGUUUCAUCUCACACAACUAUGCAGGCUGAGGACCAAAGAAACGUUCUGCAUAUGUUAGAACAGUCAAUAGCUAGGGAAUUGGAAUUUGAAAAGGAGCUAUGUGAUUCAGGGGUUUUCGUGGAAGAACUCAAAAUGAAGCUGCACCGUGCAGAACAGGAAUCAUAUUUCUUGGAGGAAUCGGUGGAAGCGAUUUCUGAGAGAACGUUUGCAGCAGAAAAUGCUUCCGAGCUGUUUCUUGGUAUUUCAAAGGAACUUACUGAUAGAAUUAGUACCAUGCAGUCAGAGCUAAGUGCAUCAGGUCGUAGGGAAGAUGACCUUAAAUCAAAGCUAGAGCAAAGCUUAGUGCAGUUAAAUGCUUUGGAAGGCUCAUCAGAGAUGGCGCAAGACAUCAGUGAAACGAAUGCCAGCAAGGAAGCUAUGCAGAGUCAAAGAUCGUCAACCCCUGAGCUCUUUACUUUACAGCAUAAGCUUCAGAAACUGGAAGAAUGGCUAUCAGGAGGAGCAAAUGAAAAAAUGCAGAAUAUGUCAGUAUCUGAGAUAAGCACAUUCGAGAAUAUCAUCAAUGAUAUUAAAGAUAACAUUUCUAAAGCAGAAAGUAGAGCACAAAAUGCUGAAGCAAGGUGCGUAGAGCUCACUCAAGCUAAUGUACAACUUAAUGGGGAGCUAAACUCUCUGAAGUCUCAGGGAUCAAAUAGGGCAGACUUAUUGGAACAGAAACUUAUGGAGUCAGACGCUCAAUUAGAGCACGCAAGAGCAUCACUUGAGGCUAUUAGUGAACACCAGGGUAUGUUAAGGUCUUCAAUAUCUGAUAUGGAACACAUGAUUCAGGAUCUGAAGGAGAAGUAUUCGAAAGCUGAAACCAGGGCUGAGAGUGCUGAAUCAAAAUGUACGUUGUUGACAGAUACUAACUUAGAGCUUAGUGAAGAGCUGUCAUUUCUGAGAGGCCGGGUUGAAAGUCUAGAGAACUCGUUGCGUCAUGCCAACCGACAAAAGCUGUCCACUGCCAAAGAUAUUGGUAUUAAAACUAAGACUAUCUCUGACUUGGUCGCUAAACUUGCAUUGGAAAGAGAACGCCUUCAUCUACAGAUUGUUGCGCUAACAAAGAAGAACAGGAUGUUGGCUCAAAAAUGCAAAGAGAAUGCCAGCGAAGGUAUCUUGUUGAGCAAAAGUAUUGCUGCUAAUGAAGGUGAACUCACUAAUGUAACAGAGGAAGUAAUACUGACUUCUUCACCAAUGCAGACACAGGUGAAGACAGCGGCUGACAAUCUUGGAGGGAACGAAGCUGUGAUUGCUGCGUUAAUGGAGGAUGAAUCUGGCACUCUUGAGACAGUGCGGUCCAUCCAGCCAACACAGCUUAACUGGAAGUACAUUUUCGCGGCAUUGUUUGUCUUGUUGGCUGCAACUCUUGUGCACCUACUGACACAAUCUGUAGUGCCAGGUUUAGAAUAGGUCAUGUCUGGUAACGAUUGAGGAAUGCUUAUCUCAUUUCUGUCCUGACCUAUUCAUACGGAUAGCCAAUUUUGUAAGUAGCCCCUGUCAUGUGUUUUCCCAGCAUUUGUGCCAACUAUGUACCCAGUAGCUCUCUUUAAGCUUUCUGAUCUUUAUA